UCCGGUUGCCAGACGUCGAAUUUCAGACGAAAGUUCCCCAGAAAUCAGCGAUUGAGCGCCCGUGGAUCAGCCCAGGAUUAAUGUGGAGGAAGGAUAACAUGCCUUAUUUUAUACUGAUGCGAUUGAGAAGAUUAUUUUUUUGAUGAGUCGUUAUCCUGCAAGGCCAUGCAAUCUAAGACUUACUUAUUACUGGAAAGAGAACAUCUUCAACUUCAAGAAGCUAGACUCUAUGGCAUUACCGUGUCCCCAGUCAGAGAGGAUCUGUUAGAGUGGGUGGCCACAGUUCAGGGAUUGAAAGAUUCCCUCUGGGAAGGUGCUUCCCUUCAACUUUCCCUGAAGUAUACAGAAGAUUACAACGCAAUCCCUCCAACUGUCACUUUCAAUACAAUUCCAUUUCAUCCCAAUGUGGACACAAUCACAGGCAAGCCAUGUAUAGACUUUCUUGAUAAUCCAAGGAAAUGGGAAGAAGGCUUUUCCUUGACAACCAUUCUACUUACCAUUCAGGUGAUGUUGUCCAAUCCAGUGUUGGAAAAUGUGGUCAAUGUGGAAGCUGUUGAGAUGUUGAAGGAGAACCCAUCACAUUAUCGAGAAAUGGUUUUGGAAUGUGUCAGAGCCAGCAGACAGCUUAAAGAAACUGGAGAAAAGUUAGCAGUUAGGAGUUUUCCUGUGGCCCGUUUUCAAGAGCAAGUUUCCACACUACUUCACAGGAAGCCACUAACAAUUAAAAGGAUCGCUUUUGAUGAUUAUCACAAGGCCUGGAGUGAAAUUGCCACAACGAAAGCUAUUGAGAGCUGCAAAAAUCAAAUGCCAGUGACCUAUCCCAAUCUUCAAGCAUUAUAUAAUGGACUGGGAAAAGAAGACUUACAGAAAGAGAUUGAAGCACAGAAUAAAGAGUUCAGUGAUGUGAUGUAUGGAGUAUUUGGGAAAGAAAGGAAAACUCGAGUGACAUUGGACCAAAAAUUGGCACGAAUCAACCGCAUGAAGAAGAGUUACAUUAUGGAUAAAUCCUUAGAAGAUUCAACUUCAAUAACCCUGAAUCUGCCAAUAAGCAUCAAGACAAAGCGACCCAACACGUGUACACAAGAGGAGGAAGCGUGGAACAAGGAAGUAGACAAUUUAAUUGACUGGACUGCUGGACUCAAUUUAGAUGAGCUGGAAGAUGAUUAAGGAAAAAGAUCCCAGCAUUCAACUCCUUUAUGGCCCACAAACCUGUAGUUAAAUUAACUUGGAAGAUAUGAUGCCCUCUUCAAUGCUGCAAUAACUGAGUUCCUCAAAUAAUAUUCAAAAAUCACUAUCCUGGAACAUAUCUUUAUUUCCUGAUUGUGAAAUAAAUGUUAUUAAUAUUUUAAAGUAAGGAUGCCUGCAUUGCUGAAUAUAAUUUCUGCUUGUUUUUAUUUUCACUACUAUUGACACUUUCCCAAUCAGAUAUUGCUCAAAGCAAUUAUAGGCCUCUCAAUACCAUGAAAAAUGUUAUGAUGACCAGGCUCAUUUAUCUUCUCGAUCUUCAUUUUCUCCAGUGAAAAUAUUUCAGUUCACAUCUCUGGUGCUCUAGUUGUAGAGUUAGUAUGUAACUCAGUCAUAAAGUCCAAAUAGUUCCAUGUUCAAUUUCUGAUCUCUGCUGAGCUACCAGAUCUUAACCAUGGAGGUUUCUCUUUAUGCCUUCUGCCCUAAAUCUUGUACAUUUAAUCUUGUGUCUUGGCCCCUUGUUCUUGAAACCUCAACUACUGGAAACAAUCACUUCCUGUCUAUCUGUGUCAUCCUUUCAUCAUAAAGGCAAAUUUGAAAAUUUACUUGUACUUGCCUUUCAACAUGGAUUUUGCUUAAUAAAGUCAUCCAUUUUUUGAUAGGGUAAGUGACCUAGCAAGGAAAAUGAGACAGAGACCUUGCUUUGAACCAUGACUUCUAAAAAUGGCUACCAAAGUUUUCCCCUCAUGCAUUCAGUUUUUUUGUACCAAACCUCAGAGAAGAUGUGUUGGCUUGGAAAGGUGUACGUCUCAGAUUCACCAGCAUAAUAUCAGAACUUAAAAGGUUACAUCGUUAGGUCAGAUUUGUACUCCCUUGUGCUGUGAUUGAGGGAUAAAGUAGUUAAAGGAUUCAAUAAGAUAUGUACAAAGAAACAAUUUCCUCCGGAGGAAGCUCCAGAACAGGAGUACAUAAUCUUAAAAUAGAUCUAGGCGAUUUAGGAGUGAUUUCAGGAAGUAUAUUUUCACACAUGCAGAAAUCUGGAUCUCUUGCACCAAAAAGGCUGUGGAAGCUGAGUCAAUUGAAAUUUUUAAAAUUGAGAUUGGUUGAUUUAUGUUGGGUAAAGAUAUUAAGGGACAUUAAACAAAUAUGAGUGAAUGAAAUUGAGCCCUGAUUGAACUGAAUUGAAUGACAGACCAGACUUGAAGGAUUGAAUGGUCUGCUCUUUUACUGUGUUUCUGUAAGCCAGCAGUAAUCUUGACCUGCCCAAAGCC